AUGUAUUGGAAGCCCUUUUACCGUAUGAUGGAUCUCCCACUGGAGAUUCGCCAUGAAAUUUAUUUUUGGGCCACACCAGACCGUGUUGUUCAGGUUCGAUACCUAUACUCAGGCGACGUAAGAAAAAGGCGUGUCUUUUGCAGCACCCCCAUUCCCUCUCUACUACACAUGUGCUCUGAGUCCCGGGCUUGCUUAUCAAGAGCGGGCUACAAGCUGGCUUUCCAAGCCCAAUCAACUGGCAGUCAAUUCUGGUUCAACUUCAAAAGAGAUACCCUAUUUAUCGACAGAACGGCAUGUACCCUAAUGGAACAAGGCAUCAAUCCGUUCCCGUUGGAAGAUACCCAAAGAAUUCGAAAAAUAGUCUACGAGAUGUGGCGAGGUGUCACGUUGGCUCUUCAGAGUUUCGGAGAGCUUCAAGAAAUCUUUCUCAUCGAGUGGCACAGGGAGGGGAUAGAUUCGACCCUGCCUUGGGUCAAGUCUAGCGGAAGAUAUUUCCCUGACCCUAUUCCGCAGAGCCACAGCUACGAUACCAGGAACCUCUACAAGUUUGCGGAGAUCCAGAAAAUUGAUGCGUAUCUCGGCCGUCUUGUUCGCCAAACUGAUCCUCGGAACUCGUACUUAUUGUCGCUCGGCUGUUGGAGUAGCCUCUGGAGCCUUAACCCUCCAGCGUCCAUACCAAGGGACACAGAUCUCGCCGAGUAUCUCAGUGAGCCUUAUGAGAAAUGGAGAUCCCUUGAUCAGAGCCGGGAAUGCCAAGAGUUAGAGUUGGGAAAGGUCUGGGCUGAGUUAGGGCGGCCAAGCGGAAAGCUGCCCAAGUUCAAACCUGUACACCUCCUCACCGACGCUGAACACCAAUUCGUCCGACGAGAACGAAGUAUCGGUUAUGAAAUGCUUCAAACAACGUUCCAUAUAAACAAGCUUUCCGGAUCGAACAAGGACAACCAGGUCGCCCUUAAUUAG